AGAGAAAAGCAGGAGUUAAAUGUUCUAGCUCAUUCUUCUCUACAUCACUUUUUCCUUCUGCUCCUGUAGCAUCAACACAUUAAGGUUCAUUAAAAUAGCCAUGAUGCCUGAGAAAAUGCCAGAGAGAAAAUCUAAAAUCUCAGCCUCUAGGAAGCUCAUGCUUAAGAGCUUGAUGGUUGCAAAAGCAAAGGAGGAGCUGGAGCAGGAAAUGGAAGAAAAGGAGGAGCAAAAAGCAAAAUACCUUGAAGAGAAAGUUCCUCCAGCACCACUCACUGGUUUGUCACUGGAGGAGCUAAAGGCAUUAUGUGAAGAGCUGCAUUCCAAAAUAGAUGUAGUGGAUGAAGAACGGUAUAAUAUUGAAGCCAAGGUCUUGCACAACACCAGAGAGAUUAAAGAUCUGAACAUCAAAGUGCUGGACUUGAGAGGGAAGUUCAAAAGGCCCAAUCUGAGACGGGUCCGGGUCUCCGCUGAUGCCAUUCUGCGCUCCCUACUGGGCUCCAAGCACAAGGUGUCCAUGGAUCUGAGAGCCAACCUCAAAUCUGUGAAGAAGGAGGACACAGAAAAGGAAAAGACAGUGGAAGUGAAUGACUGGAGGAAGAAUGUGGAGGCCAUGUCAGGAAUGGAGGGGCGCAAGAAGAUGUUUGAUGCAGCCAAAGGCCAGAUCCAGUAAAACAGUGGCAACAGAAGAAAAAGUCAGCUUUCAUCUUCUGAAGCAACAUCACUGUCAGUUCACAGAGUGUUGAAUGUAGCAAAACAAAAAAAGUAUAUGUUUUACACUGAGUAUCUUCUCACAAUUGUUUUUCUAUGUUAAUGAAAUAAACAAAUCCUGAUAUA